CCCACAAGGCAGCAGGAGCAGAGAGCAGCCAUUGCUGUGUCUGGCAGCAGGAGGCGGAGUAUAUAGAGGAACACAGGGGUCUGUACAAGGAUGUGAUGAUGGAGAAUCUCUGGCCCCUCACAUCACUGGGUAAGAGGAGACUCAUGUAUUGUACAGGGGAGAGCAGAUGGACCCAGUAACAGAGAUACCCCAUAGAGAUGUUCCCGUCCUCUGUAUUCCCAGGAUUGUACAGAGGAGAAUCACAGAAUCCCACAGGAGGAUCAGGUAGAACGUCUGUCUAAUACUAAAAUACAAGAUAUAGAGGGAGAAAAAGAGACGUAUGUGAAUGAUAUAAAGGCAGAAGAUAUAGAGGGAGAAGAAGAGACGUAUGUGACUGAUAUGAAGGCAGAAGAUACAGAGGGAGAAGAAGAGACGUAUGUGACUGAUAUAAAGGCAGAAGAUAUAGAGGGAGAAGAAGAGACGUAUGUGACUGAUAUAAAGGCAGAAGAUACAGAGGGAGUAGAAGAGACGUAUGUGACUGAUAUAAAGGCAGAAGAUACAGAGGGAGAAGAAGAGACGUAUGUGACUGAUAUAAAGACAGAAGAUAUAGAGGGAGAAGAAGAGACAUAUGUGACUGAUAUAAAGGCAGAAGAUAUAGAGGGAGAAGAGACGUAUGUGACUGAUAUGAACGUAGAAGACAUAGAGGGAGAAGAAGAGACGUAUGUGACUGAUAUGAAGGUAGAAGACAUAGAGGGAGAAGAAGAGACGUAUGUGACUGAUAUGAAGGCAGCAGAUAUAGAGGGAGAAGAAGAGAUGUAUGUGACUGAUAUAAAGGCAGAAGAUAUAGAGGGAGAAGAAGAGAUGUAUGUGACUGAUAUAAAGGCAGAAGAUAGAGAUGGAGAAGAAGAGACGUAUGUGACUGAUAUAAAGGCAGAAGAUAUAGAGGGAGAAGAAGAGAUGUAUGUGACUGAUAUAAAGGCAGAAGAUAGAGAUGGAGAAGAAGAGACGUAUGUGACUGAUAUAAAGGCAGAAGAUACAGAGGGAGAAGAAGAGACGUAUGUGACUGAUAUGAAGACAGAAGAUACAGAGGGAGAAGAAGAGACGUAUGUGACUGAUAUAAAGGCAGAAGAUAUAGAGGGAGAAGAAGAGACGUAUGUGAGGGGUGAUCAGCAGUGUAAGGAGGAGGAAAUCCCUACAGAUAUCAGCACAGCAGAUGGACACACAAGCAGGAAUAUCUCAGAAGGACAUCUAAUGUUAUCCCUGGAUUGUGACAUAAAAGAUAAUGACAGUAGACAGGAUUCUCCAGGAGAUAACCCCAUUACCCCAAUUAUACAUCCAGCUCUAUCAGCUGAUCCCUCUGAUCCUGGGAAAUGUUCUCCUGAUCACUCUGAUAUUGGUGCAUCUGUUACAGCUCUGACAGUAGAUACAGUGUUUCCCUGUUCUAUAGAUGCCAAAUGUUUUACACAGAACACAAAGCCUAUUAACCCACACACAGGUAAGGCAGGUGAAAGGCCAAUAAUAUGUUCUGAGUGUGGGAAAUGUUUUGCACACAAAUCAGCUCUUGUUAGACAUAACAGAAAUCUCACAGGUGAGAAGCCAUUUUCUUGCUCUGAGUGUGGGAAAUGUUUUGUACGUAAAUCACAUCUUGUUAUACAUUACAGAAGUCACACAGGUGAGAAGCCAUUUUCUUGCUCUGAAUGCGGGAAAUGUUUUACACAGAAAUCAGAUCUUAUUGCACAUCAACGAACUCACACAGGUGAGAAGCCAUUUCCAUGUUCUGAGUGUGGGAAAUGUUUUACACAGAAAUCAGAUCUUAUUACACAUCAGCGAACUCACACAGGUGAGAAGCCAUUUCCAUGUUCUGAGUGUGGGAAAUGUUUUACACAGAAAUCAGAUCUUAUUACACAUCAGCGAACUCACACAGGUGAGAAGCCAUUUCCAUGUUCUGAGUGUGGGAAAUGUUUUGCACACAAAUCAGCUCUUGUUAGACAUAACCGAAAUCACACAGGUGAGAAGUCAUUUUCUUGCUCUGAGUGUGGGAAAUGUUUUGUACGUAAAUCACAUCUAGUUAUACAUUACAGAAGUCACACAGGUGAGAAGCCAUUUUCUUGCUCUGAAUGCGGGAAAUGUUUUACACAGAAAUCAGAUCUUGUUAGACAUCACAGAAGUCACACAGGUGAGAAGCCAUUUCUAUACUCUGAGAAAUAAAUCCGCUCUUGUUGCACACAAUAGACCUCACUCAGGUGAGGAACCAUUUUAAUCUUCUGGAGUAUACUUAUCAUUGCCAUGCGUUGUUCUUCAAGGUUCUUAUCCUAUCUCCUAUGCUUUUUGCAAUAUACAUGUUACCACUGAGCGAAAUAAUCAGAUGUCAUGCCCUCAUCUACCACUGCUAUGCAGAUGACCUGUCUUUUGCUCUGGGUACUGAGAACUCAGUACCAAUCCUAAAUGGUUGUCUAGCUGAGCUCCAGGUGUGGGUGAUGCCAGUUGGCUGUGACUCAGUCCUGGUGAAACAGGUCUUUAUGAUAGAAGCUCACCAACAAAGGGCAGGGCUACAGCUCAGCUUUGCUACCAGCCAGACUUACGCUUGGGGGUUCAGAGUUACAAAAUGCUGAUCAUGUGCGGAAUCUUGGUGUCCUGGAUGGUGGAGUGACACUUAGACAUCAGGUAUCGGCCACAAUCAUAUCCUCAUCUGAGGAACAUAGCCAGACUCCAGCACUUAUUUCCCUCAGAAGAUCUUCCUACAGUCAUACAUUCAUUUGUAUCAUCACACAUAGACUACUGCAAUGUCCUCUACCUGGGUCUCCCAGCAAUAGAAUUGCACCGCUUGUAGCUUGUACAGAAUGCUGCAGCCAGGCUGUUACCUAACCGGCCCGUUCCUGCCACAUAACACCCAUUCUCUGCUCCCUUCACCGGCUGCCUGUAAGAUGAUGACUAUUACAUAAUCUUACUGACUCUCCCAGCCCUACAUGACCAGGAUCCAUGGUACCAGAAGCAGCUUCUGUCUCCUUACUGACUUACUGUAGGCCCCUAUUACAUCAUCUUACUGACUCUCCCAGCCCUACAUGACCAGGGUCCAUGUAUCAGAAGCAGCUUCUGCCUCCUUACUGACUUACUGUAGGCCCCUAUUACAUAAUCUUACUGACUCUCCCAGUCCUACAUGACCUGGGUCCAUGUACCAGAAGCAGCUUCUGCCUCCUUACUGACUUACUGUAGGCCCCUAUUACACAAUCUUACUGACUCUCCCAGCCCUACAUGACCAGGGUCCAUGGCACCAGAAGCAGCUUCUGCCUCCUUACUGCCCUGUUUCUUCCACCUGCAGAUGAAGGACUGUUACCAGCAGUACCAAGAAUCCCCAAGAAGUUCUGAGAUGUCAGAGGUGGAGACAGGGUGGUGGCACUAGUGCUGUAGCGGGGGCUGCCGGAGGCACUGUCUGUGGGUAAUAUUGUCCCCAAGCAGCGCUAAGGUGUCAGAGGGGAGACAUGGCAGUGGUAGUAGUUGGAGGAGACAGGGCGGGUGGCAGUAGCAGAAAGAGAGGGCGGAUGGCCGCAGUGCAGUACCAGGGGCUGCUGGAGGUAGUAACGAGGUGUAUGGGUCCCGCACAGAACCAGUUGAUAAUUAGACUUAAUGAUGAUUAUACUUCCUUAUGUCUAAUUAAUCCCUUGUAUGUGUUACUGUUGUUUGCUGUGUCAGCCUUUAUGUGUGUUCUGUGUAAUAAUCCUGAAAGUAGUGCUGCCACCGAUCUCAUAUCAUUUGUAGUAACUUGGAAAAGAUGAGAUAUGAGGUGCACUCUGGAAGCUUAUAGGGGGUUAAUCAGAGAUGAACGCAGAUGUGACAUCACGCAGCCCCCCCGGAAAAUGGUCCCGGCCCGCCCACGUUCACCCCUCAGGGAUGUGACCACAAUGUGUGUGUCUGUGCGGCCGCUGCGUACGUGCAUUUUGUCACCACCAGCAAACUGCUGCACGACGCUAUUGCGGCUGGUUCUGAAUGACCCCCAUAGGGUUUUGGCUCUCCUGAUAUGUAUCUGUUUUACUUGCCUGCAAUACUAUAAUGUAACUUGAAUUGUUUCUGUGAUUUAAGGAUAUUUUAUCCAUGUUGUGCAGAGUAAAGUAUUUUUUAAGUUUAAAAUAUAGAGAAAAAUCUGUGUAUUAAAG